AUGCAUAUUUUCGUUCUCUUUGCCAUCCGUGGCCAUAUUGGUAAGGAAAGCUUAUUAUAGAUGAAGAAAUCGGUUUGAGAGUGGGUUUUGUAAUAGCCAUCGGUCGAGUUUGUCAUCAUAUAUUAAAAAAACAGUACCCCUUCUAUCCCAUAAGAGAUAUAUUUUGUUGUCUUUUGAGGUUUUCUCAGAGUAAAAUCACAGAUAGUGUCACGUUCUAAGAAGACACUGCAUUUACACCAAUGUAGAGUAAAAAUAUUCUCCUUUUAUGACAGUUUAGGACAUUUGAUGUUAACAUGGAGAUUAAAAUGUUUUUAUUUAUCACGACUCUAGGAAAGUCUGCUUUUGAGUAAAGUUUCAGUAAUUUUAGUGUACAGCAUUGUAAAAUUCAGUUGCAUAUGAUUCUUCCUCUUCGAUUCAAGUCAGCUCUGAAGUUUUUUUUCGAAGCUCUCCUAUUUUUGAAAAUGAACUCAUUUAAGCUAAAUAUUUCCUUUGGGCACGCAUAGUGCAUGCUUUCUAGUUUUUUUACGAGUUAGCAAAAUGCCCAAGAUGAAUACAGUAUUCCAGUUAUCAAUAGAAUCUGGGUGUUUAAUAUUCAGAGUAAAAGAACUCGAUGAUAUUUGAACAUUACUUUUUAUCAUUUUGUAUUACUUUUUACAUCAUCCUGCAUUUCAAAUAUAUGAAUUUCAUUUAUUCACCUUUUCAUUGCUUUUUCCUUUGCAGUAAAUAUGGGUCGUGUUAUUAGAGGUCAGCGUAAGGGCGCUGGGAGUAUCUUCAAGUCCCAUACCAAACACAGAAAAGGAGCUGCAAAGCUUAGGCCACUGGACUACUCUGAACGUAAUGGUUACUUGAAAGGUGUUGUUAAGGAGAUCAUACAUGACCCUGGACGUGGUGCUCCGUUGGCAGUUGUUAGCUUCAGGGAUCCUUACCGAUAUAGGCUGAGAAAGGAGAUCUUCAUUGCUACAGAAGGGAUGUACACUGGACAGUUUGUGUACUGUGGUAAAAAAGGUAAUCAGUGAUCAAUCCUUGUUACAAGUUUUUGUAGGCACUUUCAUUCAACCAUAUUCUGCAAUAAGAAUACGUGGAUUCACCUCUAGAAAUCACUUGUUUACCACAAUUAUUACAUUGUAGCAUCUACAAAUCUGGUUGAAAUACAAUAUUGAGAUGUGUAUAGUAUUUCAGUGAUCCAAAUCCCCCAGUAAAAUAGAUUUGUAACAAGAUUUCUCUGUAUUCUUGUUCCAGAAUACAGUCAAUAGGUAGUUUUCAUGCAAUCUCGGGAGACACAAAUAACAGUGGUGAAAUGAACAAAUGCUGGUGGACGAACAAAGCGAGCAAAUGAGCGAUCUUUUGUUUACUGUCCACCAGCAUGGCGGCGAUGACGUAACGUGAAAACCAUCUAUCAAAUGUACCCUACAAAAUGAGCACUUUGGAUAGAUUUGGUUAGCUGAUAUUAAAGCUAACUGCAACUUUUUUUUCUAUCACGGCAUUAUAUUCAUGAUCUAAAUCAACUCUCCAUAUUGGCUUCUUUCAGCGGCUCUCCAGAUAGGAAACUGUUUACCCAUUGGCACAAUGCCUGAGGGAACCAUUGUCUGUAACCUUGAAGAAAAAUCAGGCGACAGGGGCAAGGUUGCUCGUACCUCGGGCAACUAUGCUACAGUAGUAUCACACAAUCCUGAAACCAAGAGAACACGUGUGAAGCUGCCCUCUGGUGUGAAGAAAGUCUACCCCUCUGCCAACCGUGCUAUGAUUGGCAUUGUCGCAGGUGGUGGUCGUAUUGAUAAGCCCAUGCUCAAGGCUGGGCGUGCCUAUCAUAAAUACAAGGCUAAGAGGAACUGCUGGCCUCGUGUUCGUGGUGUUGCUAUGAAUGUGAGUAUUGUAAAUUAGACAUCUGGGCCGGGUUGUUCGAAGCUGGGUUAAGAUAACACUGGGUUACUGCAAAAUUUGAACUCAUAUAUGAGAGCUUAAAAAGCAAAUUCAGUUAAAUUCUCUUUACCUACAAUUUGAUGAUUGGAUACUCUAAAAAGAAUAAAGAAAAUUAUCCGAGAAAGUGCUUUUGAUAACAUGAAAAAGAAACCCGGGUUAAUAUUUAACCCCAGGUUAGCGCUGACCGGCGUUCGAACAACUGGGCCCUGAUGUUUGAGGGGAAAUUUUUUCCAAUUUCUAUCAUCAAGGGUUACAGAAUAGCCACUAGGCAACAGGUCUUUUUAGCAGUGAUUUGUUCAAAUUGGUGUAUUAAUUUAUGUCGAUAAUUAUGUGCACGUGGCUACAAUAAGUUGUUAGAUAUUAUACCAGGAUUUUGUCUUCCAUUUCUUCAUACUUUCUGAACUCUUUUAUCCUUUAAUGUUGAAGACAAUGACUGCAGUAGACUUAAUUCAGUGCAUUUUUUUAUUGCUAAUUCCUCAGUAUAAUUAAUGUAACUUUCUAAUGAAGAAUUGAUCCUUUGUGUUUUGCAAAAUAAAGAGUGUAUGGGAGUUUAAACAGAACCACUCUGUAGGUUAAAAUUCUCGCCAGUUAUACCAUCUUAAAACAACAUAACAUAAUAAUGCAUUUAUACUUUGUUUUCAGCCUGUGGAACAUCCUCACGGUGGUGGUAACCAUCAGCAUAUUGGUACACCCUCAACUGUCCGCCGAGACACUUCAGCUGGACGAAAGGUUGGUCUGAUUGCGGCCCGUCGUACUGGACGAAUCAGGGGAGGAAAGAAGAACCUCAAGGGAGACAAGGAAACAGAUUAG